AAUACUCGUAACUUUUAAAUGAAAACAAACAUUGCUCUUUACCCUACCUUCCACCGCUGGCUGCUGGCAAGGUUUGUGCAGAAGUGCGUCUGUUAUCCUGUUCUGCGUAAAGGCUUGGCAAUAAAGUUCUACAGGGAGAAAAAAAGACAAAGAAAAAAAGAGAAACGGAGCUCUCCUCUUAUAAAGCCAGCUUGGCUACACACAGCUCAGUUCUCUCCAUAGACACAAGCGGCAACUUUCGUCAGCGAAGAGCUGUCAGUGUAGAUUCUCAACAUGUCUGAAGACCAGCGGGGGCUCGUUUAUCUGCUAACCGGGGGCUGCGGCUUCCUUGGCAGACAUAUUCUGCGGAUUCUGCUGGAGAAGGAGGACAAGCUGACGGAGAUCCGAGUAUUUGACAAGCACGUAGACUCGAGUUUAAAUGGACUCAGCACAGAGCGGACAAAGGUGGUGGUGAUUCAGGGGGACAUCACAGACUACAACAGUGUGCUGGAGGCCUCCCGGGGGGUAGAUGUCGUUACUCAUGCAGCCAGCUUGGUGGACGUUUGGCACAAAAUACCAGAGAGCCUCAUCAUGUCUGUGAACGUCACAGGAACGGAGAACGUGAUCAAAGCCUGUGUGGAGUGUGGCAUCCAGUGCCUGGUCUACACCAGCAGCAUGGAAGUGAUCGGCCCCAACAUGAAUGGAGACCCGUUUUACAGGGGAAACGAAGACACACCUUACACAGUGAAACACACGAUGGCCUAUCCGAAGAGCAAAACAAAGGCAGAGAAAAUCGUGCUUGAAGCUAACGGCACCAAGGUGAAUGGUGGAAAGUGUUUAUACACAUGUUCCCUGAGGCCGACAGGGAUCUACGGCGAGGGGCACGAGCUAAUAAGGGAUUUUUAUAAGGAGGCUGUAAAAAGAGGAGGUUAUGUCAUUGGAGGUGUCCCAGACAAAAUUGAACAUGGACGAGUCUAUGCAGGCAACGUGGCCUGGAUGCAUGUGCUUGCAGCUCGCGCCCUGAGAGAGCGCCCGCACACAGUUGGAGGCGAAGCUUUCUUCUGCUACGAUGACUCGCCCUACAAGAGCUACGAGUCAUUCAACAUGCAGUUCUUGUCCACAUUCAACUUCCGAAGGGUUCGCAUUCCCUACCUGAUGCUCUGGUUCUUAGCCAUGUUUAAUGACAUACUCCGCUGGAUACUGAGCCCCGUGUACAACUUCACACCCUUACUGAACAGUUACACCUUCACUGUAGUUAAUACCACCUUCACUGUCGGCACAGACAAAGCCCAACGCCACUUCCAGUACCGCCCUCUGUACGACUGGGACCAAUGUCGGGCCCGCACACAGAAGUUUGUCGACACGUUCCCUCUGGAUAUGACCAAAGGCUCCUAACAUGACCACAACUACCGCAUCAUGCAUCACAAGCUGCUAUGUAGACGUGCAGAACUCCAGAUGCAAAGGAAUUAGUUUAAUUAAUUCAUUUUAUUUUAUUUAAUUGCUUUGCGUAAGCUUACAGUAGAUGCCCACUGAGUCUGGCGAAGACGGCAGACGAUGUGGUGGUCCAGUCAACUGGCUGGGCCACACAGAAACAAUGCAGGCAGGAGUUGUCCACUGAAAUCAGAAUUCCUAACUUUACAGAUGUUUGUGAGGGGGUUGAAGUUUGAUGCAGUGGCUGAAUAGUGUAUUUAAUGUCAGCUAUUAAAAGUGAAAGUUUUGAAAUGGACAACGAAAGAUGGCCGCACAAAAUGUUCCUGAGGGCCACCAUUAGUGUGUUUGAUGCAAACACAGACCAUUAAAUGCAGCACAACCCUCCCAUCAUGCACCAUGCGACUGUUUUUCCUGCCCUCCAAAGGAAAUAAAGAGACAUUAUUAUCUGUAUUUGUUCCACCAAUAAAAUGAUCUGUAUCUGUAUUCAGAUAGCAGACCAGAAAUGGGUGUGGACUGGAAGCCACAUGAAAUCAGGCAUUUUCUAACUCAAAAGCAUCAAAUUGAUUUACAUAUAAUUAUUAUUGACUAUAGAUAUACUCCCUCAUACUGUACCAUUCUUUGUCUUGUUUUUUUGUUUUUAAUAUUUAAACAUAACAUAAUUUAAGCUUUGCUGAAUAACUUCUGAUCCAGUUCGAAGUUGAAACGCCUCCCGUUGCUAGACCUGGUGGAAAUUACCGUUGGUGCACAGUUAUAAAGGAAACAUAUUGAAAUCAUGUGAUGUGAAAUUAUUAAUCUUUACUUAGAGAAAUAACUUGAUGAGUCUUGAUUGUCCUGACGUAAAUAUAGAAGUUUAUUACAGCAGAAUAUCUUGGUAAAGCAUACAUAGACACAGUCAGAAAUGUGUUUGUAACCGUUCGUGUUGUACCAUUACACUUUGGACAGCUACAAGGUCUUCAUCUUAUCUUAAUAUUAUCUCAUAUUGCAUGCCAAGGGUGAAGGACUCUGAGGCCUCUCAGAGUACAAAACCAUGACCGUAGAUAAUGCACAACUCAUUUGUGAUUUCCUUCACAUACUUUCAUGUCGUAUAAUGUUUCUACCACAAAACAUGUUCAUUCAGAUGAAGCAUAUAUAUUAAUAGACCUGAUGAUCAAUGAACUUUUAUUGAAUGUCAUCAUCAUAUUCUGUGAAUUGUUUAGCUGGUAAAGUCACCAUUGGGUUGUCAAGAAUAAGCUGCAGUAGUAAUUAUGUAAAUAAUGACAAAUGUAAAUGCAAUUUACAAGCAUUUACUGGACUAUAUAUGGAAUUUAUACCUAUAUUUCAGUUAUAUAUAUAUAUAUAAUUAAAAGCAUUUUUUACAUUGCAUAAUUUAAAGAAAAUUUGUAAUUACAUUGUUGAUUAAAUAUAUCAUGCUUAGUUUUUUGUCAUUUUUAAUAAAGAUU